AUGUUAAACAACAACUACUAAAGCAAAAUAUUCUUAUAACCAAAACCAAAUGAAUUUAGCAUUUUUGAUGAUUUUGUAUAAAAGGCGAGAAAAAUUUGUCGAACUUCAUAAAAAUCUGUUUCCAAGUAUAAGGAUAGCUCACUUAGUCUCUCAAAAUAACACAAAACUGAAAUAAAUUAUAAUACAAUUGAGGCAAUAAGAAAAUCUAUUUAAAAUCCAAAAGUUCAAAUGGACAAUUAUUUGGAUUAAUAAAUCCAUAUAUCACCUUUUCGAUUUUAAUUACCCUUUCGAUUAGAAAAAACAUAGAAUCUUCUUUUAGAGAAAAAAAGAGUUCCAGCAGACAUAACUUCAAGAAAACUAAAAUCUAAUUUGGAUGGAUAAAUUCAUAAAUCUCUAUAACUCUCCCAUUUUAGAAUUAUUCAAUAAUAAAAAUCAGAAACUCCAAAUCCUAAAUAAGAACAAUAGACUAAAUUUUUAAUAACAAAGUAUUUUUUAUAGAAACCUUUAGUAUGUAUUAAGUCUAAUAAAAAGAACAUACAAAAGCCCAUUUAAAUAGAAUUAUCGUGA